UUUCUCUUUCUGAAGUACGACUGCCAGCUGACCGGCUGUCUGAAUGGAGGCUCAUGUAUUUUUUCUGAAGUUUCAAAAAUCUUUCACUGCGUUUGCAAGGGAGCAUGGAUUGGCGAAUGUUGUAAAGGUAUUAACCCAGCUAUCUGUACAGUUGUCUACUGAGCAUAAGAAUGAGUGCAAUAAUUUAAGUGAUAAUAGUUAAUAAAAUGCCUAGCUCCUAGCUAAGCUCCUCCUAUGAUAUCUCCGCUCCGAGUUAUAACGCAUGGCUCGAAUCCAACUGACUCUUAUCCUGGUUUGAAGUUUAGCAGGCAGUUUAGGCACUCACAACCGACAGGGCUAUUGCCUGAAGUGACCAUGGCUAAGAAAUUAAAAUACCGUAUUCAUUGGGCUAUAAGCCGAUCUUAGCUAUAAGCCAAGACCCUAAACUUUGAACUCAUAGAAUCAGCAUAACCAAGAACGAAAGAUAAAUCCAAAACACCUGGCUAUAAGCCGAGACCCAUUCGUUACAAGACUUUUAAAUACUGUAAAACCUAAUAUUUUCGAAAAAAAAAAUGGGACCUUCUCUUAGAAAAUGUACAAUUGUUGUUUAGUUUUUUCGCUGUAACGAGACAAAAAAAACAUCUUGUAAUAGGGUGCCAGACGUGUUUUGUCGCCAAACAUUUGAAGUUUGAUAGCCUUUAAAGCAAACUGUCUCGCCAAAGGUAAGUUGUUUAUCUGGUUUAUUUGUUUUUGAUCAGGGCGUUCCGCUCCAAUUUCAUUUUUCACAACUUUCAGUCACAUCUCUCGCUCAGAAACAGCACACUUGCCUCCAAAAAUUAUUCUUAACGUCUAAAACUCUUGCAGGGACUGAUUUUGUUGAGCAAAAACAAAUUAAGUCGACAACAGCCGCCUACUCCAAACUUCGAACGUUUGGCGCCAAAACAUGUCACUUUUGCACCUAAUUAGAACAUGUUUUUUCCUCACGUGUACACGCUUAGAUGCAACCGACAGUAUAAAGGGCCGCCUAGUUCAAAGGUAAGACGCCACAAAAACGAGAAACAGUAUGCGGAAAACAUCGUGAAAGGUUCCCAAAAACUCAAAUAAAAAUAAUUGUAAUGAUGCUGAUGAUGCUGAUGAUGAAUCUGUCUUAUAGACUGGAAUCACUGUUCGGAAAGUCCAUGUGCCAAUGGAGGCUCGUGCAGCAAUCUUGCUGACGGCUACAAGUGCAGCUGUAUUAAAGGACGAUUUACCGGCAAACUUUGUGAACAAGGCGAGAUUACAACCUACUUAGUUUAGCAAUAAAGUCACCUCUCUCCAAAACGGACACCCUUGGGACCUGCGCUAUCUGUCCCUCUUGGAGAGAUGUCCGCCUUAUCAUGACACUUAACUAUAAAGAAAGGGGGGACCACCUCUAGGGGUCCGUUUAAGCGAAGUGUACGUCUUGAUAGAGCGUAUUCACAUGACGUCACGGCGGCCAUAUUGGUGUACCAUGACAACCCUGUGGGAAUUGAACUCCUUUCUUAUGUAAAAACUUUCCUUUGUUCGUAUAAAUUAGCAUAGACGCUGGCCACUUGAGUGAAUACGCUCUAUAGAGGUGACCGUUGGCGUAAAGAGAGGUUGACUGUAUAUACCGCUAACAACUUCUGAUUGUUUUUGUUUCAUUGUUGUUGUUGUUUAUAACAGGGCUCAAAUCUCCUUUUAAUUCAUAACAGGCAAUUUGAGCCCUUAAAUGCGUAAAGGAAAGAUUUAACGACAGUUUAAAAAUUUCAGAAUUUAAAAGGACUUGUAUGGAAAACCAUUCAAGCGUGAGUAGGUGGCAAGAGUUGUUUCUCUCAUACAAAUCCUUGUGAUAUACAGUUUAAAAUUUACAGAUUACCUAAUUUUAAUAUGCUCUCUCAAAAAAAAUUUUUCAAAAGUGAACUAUUUUCAAAGUUAACAAAAUUAAUAGAUGCAAGUGCACGCAUGAGCGUCAGAUUGAUUUGUUCGACAUGUCGAUUAAGGUCAUGCUUUUCCAAAUUAAUGUACAUAGACUCUUGAAGCAUAGCCUGUUAUGUACAUUAAGUGGGAAACGCCUGACCCCAAUCAACCGGUCGAACUAUUUUCGCGUUUACCGAAAAUUGAUCACGUGAUCAACUAAUGCAAAAAGACCUAUUAGCGCACGAAAAGCAAAACAUCUUGACGUCACAACCUGUUUACAUACUCUCAUGCAAUUGAUGCAAAUGCGCCUCUCGGUCAAUUAGAGCGCGCGUACUAUCUUAGUUAUUUUUUAAAAUGUCGUCAUGGUUAUAAUGUUUGUAGUCACAUAUAUGCUUUUUCUCUUAGUUUGCCCAGUCCCCGUCGGAAUGGAAAGUAGAGCCAUUUUGGACUCCCAGAUAAGUGCUUCAUCAGAAUGGGCCAGCAAUCAUGCCGCACAACAGGGAAGGUUACACUUUGUAAAAACUGUUUAUAGAACUGGUGCCUGGUCAGCUAGGUCAAACGACUUAAACCAGUGGCUACAGGUCGAUCUUUUAAAUACGACUCGAGUGUCAGGAGUAGCAACUCAAGGACGGAACGGAUGCCCUUGCGAUCAAUGGGUCACAAAGUACAAGUUACAGUACAGUGAAGAUGGGCAGGCGUUUAAGUUCUAUAGGAGAAGCGGAGAUAAAUCAGACACGGUGGGAACAAAUAAAACACCUUGCACCAAAACCCUAUUUUUGAAAAUAAUAAUAAUAACAAUAAUAAUAAUAGGCCUUGUUCAAAUUUACCUAACCCUACCUCUUUGAACAGGGAGGAAAACACCCAGUCUAGCUCUUGGGAUAUGUGAAUUUCACCAAAGCUAUUUUUAUACCCAUUACACGCUUCUAAUUAAUCGGAAGUUGGUGUCCGCAGAGGUCCGCAAACUAUUAUUCAGUGUUGUUAAAAUAGAAUUCAACAGUCGCCAUUACAAUGUUUUGCAUUGUUUGCUAUGAGGCAGUUGCGCUUGGACUUGUUGACGUCUUCAACAAUCGAUUGAAAUAUUCAGACGUUCCAGGAAUUGGACUUCCACUUGGAAACAACCUUUAAAGAAAGUUUAAGUAAAAUUCACACAUCCUGGCCAACGUCCUAAGAUUUGCUCUCUGACAUGAAUCUCUCUUGAUAACUCACAAUAACUUCAGACAACAGAAGCAGAUAGUUCGUCUGGACAAGUUUUUCAUCUUUUCGCUAUCUUAUAAGACACGUACAACCAUCUAAACAAAUAAAUAAAUUCAUCUUACGUACGUUUGUUUUCCAUGCACAGAUUAUCCAUCUCUCGCCAGUACAAUUCAAUCGUUUGUUGGUGUUGCAGAAUUCAAGUGUUUCUUGUUGGUUUGUGAUGUGGUGUGGUUAUUGUUCAGCGUCUAUUCACUUUUUUGUAUUACGUCAUUUGGUGAUUGCACCCGUCUGCAACACAAAGAAACUACCACCGUUCGUUUAUUAUUGGCUUGUAUUUUGACCAGUAGUGUUAAAUUGGCCAUUGAGUCUUGAAGAUUUAUUUUGCCAAGCAAACAAAACAUUAGUCAUUUCGAGCCCAAAUACCAAACUAUCGUAUUCUGUUAAAUCUCAUUCAGGUUUUUACGGGAAACGCCGACAGAGAUACUGUUGUGAAUCAUCAGCUAACUCCCGUGAUUAAAGCUCGUUACAUUAGACUACAUCCUGUGGAAUGGAACAGGCACAUAUCUAUGAGAAUGGAACUCUACAGCUGUUAG